AUGUUUAAACGAGUCGAAAAGAAGCGCAAAAGGCUGGAAGAAGAGGAAGAACUAGGAAUCGAUGAAGAUAUGAAAGAGUUCAUGGGGCUCAAUGACACCGAUUCGGAUGAAUCUGCAUCAGACUCGGAUUCUAGCUCUGACGAGCACUCGGACGCAGAACAAUUUCAAUCAGAUGAAGAGGACCUGGAGGAAGCUGGAGAUGAGGAUGCAGAUGAAAUGGAGGAUGAUGUAGAACCGCCCAUCUUGUUAUCAGAAGCGUUGAAGGACCCCAUUUAUAUCGUGUCGCUCGACCCAGAUGUCCGAGCUUGUAUAUUAUGCAAGGGCAAGGUCAUCAAGGGCACUCAAAUGUCGACAGUCCACAAAGCAUCUACCGCUCAUAAACGACGUUUCGAGCGUUUCAAGACCUUCGCAGCGAAAUGUGAUCCUAAAAGUGAUGCCUGGCAAGUUGCAAGGACGGUACAAAAGGAGGCCUCAAAUUCUACUGGUACUCAGAAUCGUCCUGAUGACGGUUUGUCGAAGCGCGCCCUCAAAAGAUCAGCGAAGCAAGCAGCAAUGAGAGAGAAGCGAACGCUUCACAAUAAGCUUCGUGCCAAGGCAAAGGCCAAGAAGGCCGCUGAAAAAGCUUUACCAUCCCAAGAUGCAGCAGGGAAGGAGUCGCCAGCAAGCAAGACGCUUGAGAAGCAGAAGUCGCAAAAAGCUAGAGUUGCCACUAGCGACAAAACACUGGUGAAGAAAAGGGAGCAGAAGUCUGCCGGUGCAAAAGUUCACGACGCAAAGAAAUCCGAAGCAUCAUUGGGCAAUAAAAAGACAGUAAAGAAAGGAGAACAGAAGCCUCCCGGUUCUCAACUUCAAAACGCAGAAAAAUUGGACGCAUCAUCCCCAAAGCCAUCGGAGCCUCCAAAGAAACAGCGCAAGGUGCAAAAGGAUCAAGUCGCAGUCCCCUCUGCUCCACAGCAAUCUCCAAAACGGUCGCAGGAGAAACCUCUCAGAAAACCGAAGACACCUCGUGAAAAAGAACGGACAAGAGCUAAGGCUACUUAA